AUGGCGGCCGACGAAGUCGAGAUGACGCCGUAUCCCUCCAAGGCCGGUACGGGACAGCAUGGAUCGCGAUACCGGCUGCCUCUAGCCAGCGGUCCGGGUGGACGACAGGCGUGCGCUUGGAUCAUUCGCCUCCCCGCCAUUCGAAUCAUUUUGGCUGCCAUCGUCGUCAUUCUCCUGACGGGCACCUUGAGCUCGUGCAUCGGAUACGACCACGACUUCACGCGGCCGAUCAUUGACGACAAUGGGAUGAUUUCGUUUGGGCACCAGCCUGAACCUUUCGAAACCGACGCGACACCCGGCGAUCGCCGUCUCGCUCUCGUCCUCCCCGCCGAUAAACCGGGCUUGUCCGUCUGCAAGGCCGUCACCAGCGCCCUCGCUCUGGGCUACCCGAUGCCUGUCCUGGUGAACUGGGAGGCAGACCCCCGCGAGCGAUGGGGGAACAAGGGUGGAAGCAACCUUUUGAAGAUAACGGGCGUGCUCGAGUAUCUGGACGAGAUGUUGGGAGGAGAAGCCCUCGACGGACACCGACUACGGCCCGAAGACUUGGUUGCAAUGGUCGACCCGAGCGAUGCCUGGUUCCAGCUCCCCCCUGAAGUGCUUCUCGCACGAUACCACGAGGGAAAUGGCAAGGCGAACAAGCGGCUGGAGAAGGAUUGGGCCGGCCGCAGCGGCGAGGAAAUCCCUAUGAAGCAAACCAUCAUUGUCUCGGCGCAGAAACGAUGCUGGCCAAGCGAAGACAUGGGCUCCGACCUGCACUGCGAUAAGCUGCCUGAGAGUCCCGCCAGGAAGGACCUCUACGGCUCCAAGACUGACAUCGAACAACCCGCAGACGAGUCGAUGCGAUUUCACGACUUACGCCCGCGGUACCUGAACAGUGGGUUUAUCAUUGGUCCAGCAGCCGACCUGCACAGAUACUUCCGUCGGGUCAAGGAGAAGCUGGACAGGAAGUUGGGUGAAGGGGAGCGUUUCAUCCAGACCGACCAGGGCAUCUUUGCCGAAGUCUUUGCCGAGCAGGAGAUCUAUCGGCAAUGGCUUCUGGACCAGCACAAGGAGGGCAAGCGGGCGUUCCCUACCGGCGAGGGGACAGACAUGCUCGACGACAACUUUGAGUUUCACGUGGGUCUGGACUAUGGGCAAGUCCUGUCCGCGCCCACGAACCACGCUGAGACGGACGGCGACUUUCUUCUCAUUGACGAUAAGGCGCAUAUCAAGGCACGAUCUAAAGACCUAAAGAUCAAGAAGCCACGCCUCGUCGGCGUCCCGCCCGAUCUCAAGGACGCCAAAGUCCCGACAGGGGUGAUCGGCAACCUGCACUGGGGGAACAUGUCGCUUUACGCAGACUUCUUCUCCGGCUCCGUGCCCGUCACCUUACAUCACGAUGCCUACCGAGACGGUCUGAAGGCCAGGGUGACGGAGUGGUGGGACCGCACCUGGUUCUUCCCUCAUCUGCGAGAGCUGCUUUCCCUCCGGCUCAAGGACGUGCAGGACCUCUCUCCAUUAGCCACGCUGCCUGCAGGCAACGAGGACAAGCUGGUCUACUGGCCCCUGGCUGCAGAUCUAACGGGCCACCGCCCACGAGUGUUCAAGGCCGAGUUGGACAAUCCUGGACUCGGCGAGAUUUCGUUCGAAGACAUGUGCCGACCAGGCGGGGAGACUCCCGAUGUGAGGACACAUUGGUAUGACGAGGUUUUCCGGGACGGAAAAGGCAGCUUCAGCGUAUGA